UUAGCACUCACUGGAAACAUGGGAGGGGGUGAAGAUCAACAUCUACCCCACAUAAUGGGUUAGCACCUUCAAUCCUAGCUUUCAAGUCAAAGUCCCGGUCCAACCCAGCAGAGCUCUCCAAGGCAUCCUGCACCAUGUCGAAGAGUUCUGGCGGGGACAGAUGGCUGAGUGAGCUUGGCUACAAGCUGGGCCAAACCCUGGGUGAGGGGAGUUACUCCAAGGUACGAGUAGCCACCUCAACCAAAUACAAAGGCCCACUUGCCAUCAAAGUGGUAGACCGACGCCGGGCACCCCCUGACUUUGUACACAAGUUUCUCCCACGAGAGCUCUCAAUCUUACGGGCCAUUCGUCAUCCCAACAUAGUACGUGUCUUUGAGUUCAUUGAAGUCUGCAAUGGGAAACUUUACAUUGUGAUGGAGGCAGCUUCCACGGAUCUGCUACAACUGGUGCAACAACUGGGGAAGCUCCCCUGCACCCCAGAUGCCAGAGACAUCUUUGCCCAAGUUGUGAGCGCGGUGCGCUACUUGCAUGACCGGAAUCUGGUACACCGGGACCUCAAGUGCGAGAACGUGUUGCUGACUGCCGAAGGCCACCGAGCAAAGCUGACCGACUUUGGCUUUGGCAGGGAGUCCCGUGGCUAUCCAGACCUCAGCACUACUUACUGUGGAUCUGCUGCUUACGCCUCUCCGGAGGUUUUGCUGGGCAUUCCUUAUGACCCCAAGAAGUAUGAUGUCUGGAGCCUGGGGGUAGUGCUUUAUGUCAUGGUUACGGGCUGCAUGCCCUUUGAUGACAGCCACAUCCACACUAUGCCUCGCCGCCAAAAGAAAGGAGUCUUCUACCCCGAAGGCCUCCCAGACUUGCCGGAACCUUGCAAAUCUCUCAUUGCGCAACUUCUUCAGUUCAGCCCAGCUUCACGACCAGGAGUAGGGCAGGUGGCCAAAAACAGCUGGCUGAAAGGUGGCAUCUUAAGCAAAGAAGCCUCUACCAGAUAGCUCUGCUCCAGGAGUGAUCGAGGUGUCUGGCGGAUGAAGAAGAGAUCUAAACAGUAUUGACCAGCAUGGAGCUAGAGAACGGUCUGGGGCCACGAAGAGACAGGACAGCCAUGCUGCAGCAUUCAGAGGCAAAGCCAUUGACUGCCACGGAAAGAAGACUCCAAAUAGGAAGCUGAAAGGAGACCAGAUUGAAAUACUUUCAUGACGGGCAGCCUGAUGGGACAGGUAGAACACGCAGGACUUCAGCCCAGGCCCAAAUCAGCAACGCAGCAGCUUGUGACGGACAACAAGAGCUGUCACCACCUUUCCCAAGAACCUAAACUGGUCAGUGUGGAGGGAGGCGUAAUUCAUGCAAAGUGUUUCCCGAAGUCUAACGCACCAAUAAACCUGGAAGCUCC